AUGUCCCACAACAAGUACGGUCCCCAUGGCAAUACAAUUUGCUUCAUGCACACUAAUCCAAGGCUUUAUUCUAGUACAAGGCGUCUGUCAGAGAUCCGUGAUCAGACCACAGACUUAGAGGCCCGGAGAGAUGAGGCCGCCCGACAAGGACGUGCAGCUCAAUCAGAGGAUGGAAUCAGAGCAGCGCAAGACAGGCUCAGGACCAUACAACGUAGCUCGGAGGACUUGAGAGGUGAACUCGAACGGAUGAGGGUCGCUAAUACUCGCGCGAGUACAUUAACAAGAGACGCCAGGCCUUCUUUACAAGGACAGCCUGCGUCACCUAGCCGACAGCGACACCAACGAACGUCUAGUUCCUCAAACACUGGCUCGUUGUCAACGCCACGGGGUAAUUGGGAACCGAGCAGGACAUCACAUAAUCCAGACAUACCUCCAGAUAUGACACUAGAGGAGUGGUUAGCCAGACAAACUCACCAGCGAGCAUCUAGAUCACAAGAUCUACCCCCAGGCACAUCAUCAAACUAUGGUCAACCUACAGCCUAUCAGCCUAUGACGUCGAGUGGACAUAGCUUCACCCAGACUAUGGGCGCUCAACCGUUAUCAAAUUAUCAGCCCCCAACAGGAGUCCAACAGAACGUGAUCCCCCAAGCACCUUCUUGGCAAACCCCUCCACUUCAACAACCGUCAUACCAUCGAGGCUAUACAGCUAGCAACCUAGCUCCCAGUCUCACAACGACAUCUAGACAAGGUAACUCUAUUGACUCUACUAGUACCGAGUCCAGCGAGGAUGAAUACGUUGGCGAUCGAGGCUCUCCGUCAAGAGGAAGCCGAAGGCUGUUUAAUGAGGCUGUCGCGAGUGCCGCGGCCCAUAGUAACACAGACUCUGCCCGAAGACAAAGAUCGCAUCAUCGGGCUACCUCAUGA